AUGGCAAACAACAGCAUCCAGAACCUGACCCGAACAAUGGUCCUCCGCGAAGACGCCGCGAGGGCAACGUACACACAGAAAGUCGACUUUGCCCAGCUACGUUCCGAGCUCCUCUCGGCCGAAAGCACCGAGGCCAACACGACGCGCAGCACGCACGAGCGCCUGUCCAACGAGAUUGCCAAGCUCAACAGCCGGCUGCGAGACGAGGUCGGCCGCACCCAGGCAAGCGUGCGCCUCGACCUCAACCUCGAAAAGGGCCGCAUCCGCGAGGAGUCGGUCGGCCAGGAGCUCAAGAUAAAGGAAACCGAGACGCGUAUCGAGCAGGAGGUCUCGGCCCUGCGCGAGAAGCUCGAACAGGUCAAGUUCCAGACCCUGCAGUGGCUUAUGGGCGUCUGCACUGGUUUUGCCGCCGUCCUCCUCGGUGCCUGGAGGCUACUCAUGUGA